GAGCGGAAGAGGAGUUGCCGGAUAAAAUUAACUCCCUAAUCAAGCCUGUGUUAGCAUACAUUAAUUAACGCAAUGAUUCGGUUUAUCCUGAUACAGAACAGAGCUGGUAAGACUCGUCUUGCCAAGUGGUACAUGCACUUUGACGAUGAUGAGAAACAGAAGCUGAUUGAGGAGGUCCAUGCUGUGGUCACAGUGAGAGAUGCCAAACAUACAAACUUUGUAGAGUUUCGAAAUUUCAAGAUCGUCUAUCGUCGAUAUGCAGGCCUGUAUUUCUGUAUUUGUGUGGAUGUCAGUGACAAUAACUUGGCAUAUUUGGAGGCAAUUCACAAUUUUGUGGAAGUGCUAAAUGAGUACUUCCAUAAUGUUUGUGAGCUGGAUCUAGUCUUUAAUUUUUACAAGGUGUACAGUGUUGUGGAUGAGAUGUUUCUAGCAGGGGAGAUAAGAGAGACAAGCCAGACUAAAGUAUUAAAGCAGCUGUUGAUGCUCUCCUCGUUGGAGUGAGCCAUUGACUUAUGAUACACAUCAUCCCAUCUGAACCUGUCUGAUGCUGUAAAAUCAUCAUCUAUGUCUGAUGUCAGAAUCCGGUUUUAUGAAAGCUGUCGCUGUAUUGUGAAAUGGUUAACAUGAAAAAUUACCAGUUUAGAAUGUCAACGAGAUAUUCAAUUUAAUAGUGGAUAAUUUUUGUAUGCAACAACCAGAAUGUCUUUGUCAUGUCAAAACCUGGUUGUAAUUGUGGUGUUGUGUUGGAUUUAGGUAGCCUGAAAUGUUUCCCUCGGGUGUAUUUCACGCAUCAUUGACAUGAGGAGGUGUAGCUGUGUAUUGUGAGGAAGUUGUUCACCCAUACUUUUUUUAUCAAUCAUUUGGAACAUUUCUGUAUGUUAGAGAUUUAGAGGGAGAGGUUGAAGAAACAAUCUUAUGUUGAAUGUAAGCAAGAAUUGCCAAGGCAUUACCCCUAAAGUCAUAAAUUGCAUGUGUAUAAGUAUUUAUGCUGAUAAACUGAUUCAUACAGAUCUGUUUAUCCUAGACACAGAAAUCUGGGAAGGCGUAC